AAUCCCAAUCCCAAUCCCAAUCUCAAUCUCAAUCUCAAUUUCUUCCUUGCAGGGGCUGGAGAAACCCUUCAAUGAAGUGAUUGGAGCCAACAUUGGGGACGCUCAAGCUAUGGGGCAGAAGCCCAUCACUUUCUUGCGCCAGGUCAGUGCCCUCUGCAUGUAUCCUGACCUCCUGAAUUCUCCCGAUUUCCCCAAAGAUGCCAAGCAGAAGGCUCAGCGGCUCCUGGCCGCGUGCGGAGGGCAGAGCAUUGGGGCUUACAGUGCCAGUCCUGGGAUCGAGCUGAUCCGUCACGAUGUGGCUGCCUUCAUCCAGCACCGAGAUGAGGGAAUUCCCUCCAACCCGGAGAACAUCUACCUGUCUACGGGGGCCAGCAACGCUGUGGUG